UUCUCGGAGAAGGCCGUCUGCUACGACUCGUCCGUCUCGUUGUCGACUGUGUGGGGCUCUUUUGUCCUUGGAGCCGCCGACGUGCCCACCAUCUUCCUAGAGCCCGGGGACAUUUUCUUCGGCCGAGCCCCUCAGAGCGGCGAACUUGUCUGCAUGGAGAGUCCGGAGCCGGUGGACGAGCCCAGGCUGCCGGACGAGGAGAGCUUCCAGGCGGAGAGUAGACCGUCUCUCUGCCGGUCCUGGCCCGACUGGUUGGUGGAUGAAUAUAUGAUGCAGCAGCAGCAAUUACUGGAGUAUUUGCAUCCUGCUUACGCGCUUCAGGUGGCCACGUACCAGUUGGCGAUGAAGGGAGAGGAUGAGGAGUAG